AUGGCUCUCAAAACAGGUCUUGAGGCCCCAGUUGAGUCUGAGCUCUGUUCAGGGAUUGAAUGCCAGGACCACCCAACACCAGUUCUGAUGCUCUUUGCCAGUGUGCUGGUGACUUGCCUUGAGGCUGCUAAACUCACUGUAGGCUUCCAGGCCCCCUGGAACAUCUCCCAUCCAUUCAGCAUGCAAAGGUUGGGUGCAGGCCUCCAGAUUGCCUUGGACAAGGUCAACUCAGAGCUAGUGGACCUUGGAAAUUUCAGCUGGGAGUUCACUUACACCAACUCAGCCUGCAGCACCAAGGAGUCUCUUGCUAUUUUCAACAACCAGGUCCAGAAAGAACAGAUUUCUGCCCUGUUUGGACCAGCAUGCCCAGAAGCAACUGAGGCUAUCGGUUUGCUGGCCUCUGAGUGGAACAUCUCCAUGUUUGACUUUGUUGGACAAACCAAAAAGCUGUGUGACACCUGUGUGAAACUUGUGCCACCCAAGCAGGACAUUGGUGACGUGCUCCAGAAAAGUCUCCAGUACCUGGGCUGGAAACACAUUGGGAUGUUUGGAGGCUACGCUGGGGCUUCCUCCUGGGAUGGAGUGGAUGAAUUGUGGAGAGUUGUACAGAACGAACUCAAUUCCCAUUUUAUCAUCACUGCCAGCAUGAGAUACACCAAAAAUAGUUUAGUCCUUCUUCAAGAGCAUCUUUGGAGGAUAUCAUCAAUUGCCAGGGUUAUCAUCUUAAUCUGCAGCUCAGAGGAUGCAAAUAUUAUUCUGCUGGCUGCAGAGAACCUGGGACUCAACACUGAAGAAUUCAUUUUCAUCAUUUUGCAGCAGUUGGAGGACCAUUUUUGGAAGGAAGUACUGACAAAUCAGAAAAUGAUGUACCUCCCAAAGAUGUAUGGGUCAGUGCUUCUCUCACUGCCCUCAGCUUACGGAGAAGGCCGUGGAGACGAAGGCUUUUGGAAACAAGUCUACCAAACGCUGAGGAGGCCGCCUUUCCGCAGCACCAUCUCCUCGGAGGAGCAGGUGAGCCUUUACUCUGCCUACCUUCACGACGCCGUCCUGCUCUAUGCUGAGGCCGUGAAGCAGAUGGUAAAGGCUGGAGGCGACUUCCAGGACGGGCGGCAGCUGGUCAGUGCUCUGAAGAGUUCCAGUCUGACCACGGUGCAGGGUAGCUGGCUUACUGCUGGGGGGUGUUCUAAACUCAGACCUGCGGCUCCGGUCGGUGGGGGCUUUGAGAUCUUGGGCAUGACUAGCCUUGGCAGAACUGGAGUAUUUGUCUCUGUUUCCUCUGUUCAUUUCUGCCACAUGACUACAAGGAAUUUCUUCAAUAUGGCCUGGACCCCUGGCUCCCUUCCUGAAGACAGACCUGGCUGUGGAUUUUAUAAUGAGCUCUUUGAAACUGAGCCUGCUUUGAUGGGCGUGACUGCUGUGGUUCUCACAAUGAUGAUCCUGAUUCCUGUCUUGGGGGCUGCCAUCAUAGGUCUGAUUUUAAGGACGCAGAGGGGAAAACUGCAGAGGCAAAACAAAGACAUCUGGUGGCAAAUCAAUUUUGACGAUAUCAUCAUUCUUCCCCAGAACAAGCCACCCUAGAGAGGCAUACCUGUGUCAAGAGGCAUCACCAGUAACUCAUCUAGUGUGGUGAUUUCUGUGGACCUCAGCUCUUUUGUCAAGAGCCAGCAGGGGGAAGAGCUCUUCUAUGCCCCAAUAGGGCUUUAUCAGGGAAACCACGUGGCCAUCCGCUAUGGUGGUCACCAAGCAGAAGCCUGGGUUAGGAAGCUGACUGUGUUACAGGAAAUACAGCUGAUGGGUGAGUUAAGGCACGAGAACAUUGUCCCCUUCUUUGGUAUUUGCACCGAACCACCUAACAUUUGCAUUGUCACUCAGUAUUGCAAAAAGGGAAGCCCUAAGGAUGUUUUGAGAAACUCGGAUCAUGAAAUAGAUUGGAUAUUCAAACUCUCAUUUGCAUAUGACAUAGUCAAUGGUAUGCUCUUCCUCCAUAGGAGCUUCCUGGGUUCCCACGGCAACCUGAAACCUUCCAACUGCCUGGUGAAUGGUCGGCUGCAGGUGAAGCUGUCGGGAUUCGGACUGUGGGAACUCAAGUAUGGCCGGACAUACAGAACAUAUGAUGAGACAGUGCACCCUCACUCCAUGCGGACAUCCCAUUGCUUUGCAGAGCUCUACUGGAUUGCCCCAGAGCUGCUGCGGCUCCCGGAGGUGCCCUGGUCGGGUACCCCACAAGGAGAUGUUUAUAGCUUCACCAUUCUGAUGAGGGAGCUGAUCCACCACUGGGACCAUGGGCCCUCUGAUGACCUCCAUGAGGCACCGGAUGAAAUCAUCAACCAAAUCAAAGACCCUGCAACAGCAGUCCCACUGCGGCCUUCCCUGCCCGAGGAGAAGGGCAGUGAAAAGAUCAUGGCCAUGGUGAGGGUAUGUUGGGAGGAAUCUCCGGAGAAAAGACCUAGUUUCUCUUCCAUCAAGAAAACUUUAUGAGAGGCCAUUCCCAGAGGCCACGUGAGCAUACUGGCCAGUAUGAUGAGCAAGCUGGAAGUGUAUGCCAAUCACCUGGAGGAAUUGGUGCAAGAGAGGACCAGCCGGCUGACCGCAGAGAAGAGGAAGGUGGAGAAGCUUCUGUCCACUAUGACGCCCAGCUUCACUGGAGAACAACUCCUAGCUGGAAGGUCCGUGGAACCAGAACAUUUCGAGUCUGUGACAAUCUUUUUCUCUGACAUUGUUGGAUUCACAAAGCUAUGUUCUCUCAGCUCCCCCUUGCAAGUCGUCAAGCUCCUCAAUGACCUGUACAGUUUAUUCGAUCACAUCAUCACAAAUUACCGUGAGUAUAAGGUUGAGACCACUGGAGACGCAUACAUGGUGGCUAGCAGACUCCCUAUCUGCAAUUGAAGCCAGCAUGUGGCUGAGAUUGCCACCAUGUCCCUGCACUUCUCAGUGCCACCAUUCAUUUGCUUCCAGACUGGGCACUUGCUCCAGGAGAAGCUCCAGCUUCGGAUUGGCUUCCACACAGGUCCUGUGGUGGCUGGUGUGGUGGGAAUUACCAUGCCCAGAUACUGUCUAUUUGGAGACACUGUGAACAUGGCAUCCAGAAUGGAGAGCAGCAGUUUGCGGCAAAGGAGAGCAAACAACUUUCUGGUUGAAAGGUAAAGAAGGCUUCACUCUUCCACUCCCCGAAUUUACUCAGGAAAAAGCCAAAGUCCCAGAGAUAUUGUGAGGUGAGUGUUUUCUUUCAAGAUGUUUGUGAAUUUGUGGAGUCAUGUGAAAGUCUUUGGGAACCUUUCUUUGAGACCCGGUCAAUAUUCCAUUUAAGAGGUGUGUUUCCAGGGCAUUGGUCCAG